AUGGUAUUCUACACAAGUCUUCCAGAAAGCCUUGCAGGCAUCUCGGCUGGCCAUGGUGAACUCCAAGGUGUCUUUGCACAACACCAAGAUAUUGGCGUGAAGUUUGAUGAGAAAAUGCUUUCUCUUAAAACUCAACUUGCGGAUUUUAGCCCAAGCUUACCAUUUGAAAGGAAACAUUACCCGUCUCAGUACCAUGAACGACAGUGCAGGUCCUCGCCAGACCUCCUCUCUGAUGUGUCAAAACAAGUGGAAGAAUUGGGGCUAACAUAUGGCAGUGGGUACUACCGAAACGUGAAUGGAGUGCAUGCAUCUGAGCCAGUGCUAGACAGCAGGGGGAGGAACUCUGCAGUGGAGGUGACAUUUGCAGCUGAGCUGGAGCGUUCCAAACCGGAGGCAGAUCCCACAUCAUUACAGCAGUUCCAAAGCAGUUCUUCUUUCCAUUUUAUUUACACAGACCCUGUCUUUAACACUGAUCCUGAUCCCAGAGACUUCUUUGAAGAGAGGAGUCCUCUAAGCUCCUUCCAAACAAGCCGUAAGUUUGCUGACAAUCACAUGGGCACAUCUUCUGGCCUCAUGAGCAAAGUGAGCCCAGCAAGGCAGCUAACUUACACAGAUGUCCCCUAUAUUCCUUGUACCAGUCAGCAAGUUGAUAUCAUGCCUCCCCAAGUCUUUUUUUAUGUGGACAAGCCACCCCAGGUGCCCAGACGAUCUCCAAUCAUGGCAGAGGAAAGGGUAAGACCAGAAAGUUAUAUAGAGCCCACUGCAAUAAAGUCAGCCAAAAGAAGCCCAAGAAAUAUCCGAAUGAAGAGCUUUCAGCAAGACCUUCAAGAACUCCAAGAAACCAUGGGCAGGACUAGCGGUAAGAGCAACAUCAAUGUAGAUCUAGAAGAGGAAGACCCAAAUUUGGAAGAUGCAUUUGCAUAUAACAUUCAAGAGCAAACCCCUAAACGGUCCCAGAGCCAAUCAGACAUGAAAACUAUUCGUUUUCCUUUUGGGUCAGAAUUUAGACCUUUAGGGCCGUGUCCUUCUCUGAGUCGUAAAGCAGACCUGUUUACAUGCAUGUUUGCAGAGCAGGAGUUUCCAGCGGUUCUAGUGGAUCAGAGUAGAGCAGAAAGGUAUGUAGCUAGUGAAUCCAGUGAUUCUGAAUCAGAGAUUCUGAAACCAGACUACUACUCUUUGUAUGGCAAAGGAAUAAGGUCACCCAUGGCCAGAAUCCGCUUGUCUUCUGGUAGUCUACAGCUAGAUGAAGAAGAGGAAGAUGUUUCUUUCAACACACCAACUGCUGAAGACAGGACUUUGCUAAAACCAUGUAAUUACUUUUUAGCUUAA